AGAGGAUAUGAUUUAGUCUUCGUCAAGGGGGAGCAACUCCAUCAAGCGAACAAUGAGGGGACAUUUUUUUACUCACCGCCUUAGUAAUUCUGCCUACCUCUCGACUUCAAUAACAUGCUCCAAACGCGACAACCUCAACUCCAUCUACCUUCUUACCAUGUAAUCACCAUGUCCCGCAAAGCGCCAAAGGGCGAAUACAUUGAAACGGUAAGCCCAUUUUCAUGUCCGCUUCUCUAUCGCAAUCUUAUUCUCCAAAACCAACCAUAUAUACAACGCAUACACUAAUCCCCCCCAGGAUACAGGUAACAAAGUCUCCCGUCGUUCCCAAAUCAUCGGCACAACGAAUAUUAUCCUAGGCGGAAAAACAGUAAUUCAAGCUGAAGUUAUCAUCCGCGGUGAUUUGUUAAGGACAUUACCCCCUAGUACUUCUGGGGAGAAGGCGGGAAACGCUGUUGCGGUUGCCAUUGGACGGUACUGCUUUUUUAGCCGGGGGUGUGAGUUGAGGCCGCCGGGGAAAAUUUAUCGAGGGUUUGUUUUGUUUUGCUUUUUUUAAUCUAUAUAUAGUUUUCGUGAAGAGAGAUGUUUUUUAAGGGAGCUUUUACUGAUAUUUCCUGCUCGGAAUCUUAACAGAACAUUCUCAUACUUCCCCCUCAAGAUCGGUGAUCAUGUAUUCGUCGGUGCCGGCUCCAUAAUCGAAGCAGCAAUGCUGGGAAAUCAUGUUCAUAUUGGUGCCAAUGUUGUAGUGGGCAAAUUCGUUAUAGUUAAGGAUUUUGUUAAGAUUUUGGAGGGUACAGUGGUUCCGCCGGGUAUGGUCAUACCGAGUUUUAGUGUGGUUGGUGGUGUUCCGGGACGGGUUGUGGGAGAGGUGGCGGAGGGAGAAAUUGAGGGGAUGGAUUUGAGGGAGAUUUAUAGGGCGGUGAGGAAUUAAUGUUGAGAUGUGCUGGCACACAUGAUGAUAUGAUAUUUGGGGUGGAAUGACGAAGGAUGAAGGCGAUGAAUAUGGUGAUAGUCGGAUCAGGCCGGUGAAUAUUGGUAGACGCAGAUGAGAGAUGAAAAUGAUACCCAAGUUCUUGUGCGUAUAUUGGCAAUUAUGGUGUAGGCUGUUGUUACAUCAAGGGGACCAAUUCAUAUCCCAAGCCUCAACCAUGG